AUGAGAAAUGAAUUAUCACUUUCCACAAAUGGUGGACUUGAUUUUACCAAAGAUGAUGAGAAUGUGAACUCUCAACCAUUUAUGCGUUGGAGAGACCGUUUCUUAUUUUGUACCGAAGCUAUUUAUAAAUCACAGGCUGAAACAGGUGAAAUCAAAGGACAUUAUUUGAAUGCUACUGCGGGUACAUACGAACAAAUGAUGAAAAGAGCUAUAUUUGCCAGAAAAAAAAAAAGAGAAUGA